UCCCAUCUAUCUAUCUCUCUCUGUGCUGUGUGAAAAGAAUAGCACACCGGGAUGCCAAGGGUCCAACCCAUGUAGCAAGACCCUCUCUCCAAGCCCAGUGUGGCUGCCAGCCUCACGGGAACCCGACCAAAGACCAUCCAGAUUCGAAUCUGCGAUCCCGUAAAUCCUUCGCCCGAGACCCACUUCCGCCUGGCCAGGAUGGUUUCCCAGUGGCACCAACAAAUCUUUCUUCUGGCAUCUUACUCAGUAGUGUCGGGUCUGUGUGCCAUGAAGAGAAAAGCAGGCACCCUGCAGGGGCGAGUACUGUUAGGCAGUGGUGAUGGUAUGCUUAAUCAAUCAUUCCUCGGGCUUGUUGGAGAGAAUAACAAGUGGCAAGGCCCGCGUCAGAUUUUUCUGUCUUUUAUUCCAUGUUAUGUUUCUGUUUUGCCCUUCUCCGCUGCGAGGGAGGGUAAGAAAAAGUGACACAGGGGCUUGGCAGUCGAACCGGGCAGACGAGCCAAAAUAGCAGGCAAAGAGUGCAGGGGCCCGCUCUCGGUCGGUGACAGCUUUCUGGAAACUUUCAACCGGUCAGGAUCGCUUCGGGAUCAACCAUGGAACCAUCUCCGGGUUAUGACUGGCUCAUCGGUAUUUUUGGUAUUUCUUUUCUUGUUUUCAUUUCUUUG